CAGUUUAAAUCAAUUUAUCACCGGGAUUUCUCGGCGAUUCUGCGCCGCCCAGGUCUACAGCUGUCGCCCUGACGGUGCUCCAAUCAGUUCGAUAAAACACACAAAGGCCCAGCUAUACAUGGAGAUCUAAACAACCCAACAAUGACGUGGACAAAACGUCUUCAACACACGUGUAGCCAGGUUAAGAACGUGCAUUCCCCGUAAUCAAAGAUCCGGGUACGAAUCACGUAAAUAUCCGGGUAUUUUCAAAGCUCUCCAAAGAAAUGGCGUUGCACGUAGGAACUGUAACUUUGGCAAUUGUGGUAGCGCUUGUUCCAGGAUGUUCCUCCAAAGUGGGAUUCCCGAAGGACCAGAAGAUGGACGUUCUGUUUCCGCCCUACAUCGUUCCGGCCGGACACGGUAUUCCGGACGGUCAUCUGCGUCCACUAGGAUGGCAGAAAAGGUCCAGCGGCAGGAUCAGGGAGACACCGGAAAUGCCAAGUGCGCAUGCCCUGAACGUGAAGUAUAUCAAGAACAGCAAGCCUGUGCUAAUACACGACGCCCUUCAAGAUGUCCAGGCCAUGACGGACUGGGAGAGUGACGUCUAUCUAAAGCAGCAGUUCGGGAGCCUGAACGUUACUGUGACCAUUAAGAGACAGGCCCUGAUGCAGGAACCCCUCCACGAAAGUCACGUGAUGAAGUUCAAAAAGUUCCUGAUAGACUACAGGUUUGAGGAGUGGUACCUUGUGACACCGAUCCCCAAGAAAAUGAUGACCGAACUUCCGUUGCCCAGCUGCCUGAGGUGUGGGACGUUCUAUGACCGCCUGUACGAGGCACGACUAUGGAUGAGUAGCGGGGGCACGGCGUCCCGUCUCCAUAGCCACGAGGACCACGACCUUCACUGUGUACUGUUCGGGAGGAAGGACUUCAUCAUCAUUGACGAGAAGUACAGGAACAACUUCAACUUUGUAGAAAACUACAAGAACUCUGGAUCAGGUCACUCCACAAUGGACGUAGAGAGGGUGAACAUGUACAAAUUCCCGGAAGUCGCCAACACUCCGUGGCACCACGCCACACUGACAUCCGGGGACUGUAUUCUUAUCCCAGCAGGAUACAUCCAUCAGGUGCGGUCCUACGGCCGUAGCUUGUCCUUCUCCAUCCUGUUCUCGCCCUCCCUGGAGUUUGACUCGUCUGACUGUAAGAAGAUCCUGUCCUCAAACAAUGAGGUCAAGGAAGAAGAGGGUCUGACUGAGAGGACCAUCCUGGCGGACGCCCAGUAUAUGUGGAUAGACGGUGACGGGCACAGGGUGUUGAGUUUCGAUAGGAUGGAACCAGUCUUACUCAGAUCUACACUUUUACAUUUAAUGAGAACAAAGGAAAACUUUUACUUAGAGCAAUUCGAACACUUCUACAAUGACGCAAUGAAAAGGUUCACUACAAAACCAGCAGCCGCUGACGUCUUCCAGAUGCUAACUUCUGAUGUUGGCCUAGACUACUUAACCAGAGAUGACAUCACGAAUCUAAGUGACGAAGCAAUUACGUCACUAUCACGUGUACUUAAAUAUGGACAGUUUCCGGUGAAAAUCAAGAAGAGGGUUGAACUGUAACCCCAUAAUUGACACGGACAUUUAUAUUCAUACUUAAUAAAUUACAGUCACCUAAACACGGAACGAAACACAACAGACUGGACGGUAUCUUAACUGUACAUGGAUAUCAUAGUGAAACUGAGAAUGGCGGAAAAUUUUGUAUAAAUGUGAAAUAUUUGCAUGAAAUUCAUCUAACAUUCAUACAUUAACAAUAACAAUAAAUGUUUUUUUCAUAAACAAA